AUGUCGUCCCGAAGCAGAGAUACCAAGUACGCCUCUGAGGAAGAGGGCAGAGAGGAGGCGCCUCGCCAGCGCCGCUCACGCAAGGACAAGACCAAGUCGAAGCGCAAGAGCAAGCGCAGUGAAUCUGAGCAGGGCGGCGGCGGUCCCCUUGGUGGACUUGGCGGCCUCGGUGGCCUUGAUGGCGCCGGCGACACAGUAUCAGGCCUCGCCAACGGCGCGACAGGUGCCCUCGGCGGCAUCGCCGGAGGUGGCGUUUCUUACCUUAGACCCCUACCUGUUCCCCUUGCUUUUGAUCUGCCACCCACCACCUUCGUCAUACGUACCCCAUCUCCCAGUUACCGGCCAUGUUCUUACCAGGUUUCUUCGCAAAAGGACGGGCUAGCUGUUCAAGCAUCCACAUCAAAAACGGUUCAGAUGGGCUAA